AUUAAUUCAGUCGCGUUGGCUGCUGCUGUCGUGUCGUGUCGUGGCGCCGCUUGGCCUGCCAGGUCGAAGGAGAGUCCUGCUCGAGCGAGCAUGGACGUCCUCAAGCUGACUCGGGUCGAACGGGUCACACUAUACGACGGCCUGGCGGUGACGAGCUCAUCGAGAACAUAUCAACCCUCACGAGCUUGCUCGCUCCACCUGACCGAGCAUCAUGUCAUCCUCCGCUUCGACGAGGCGACAAGUCUCCCCGACUCCCAGGAGUUAUGGAUUCCUCACCCCCUGGUCGCCGUUCUCGCACUCCAUCCAGCCUCACAAGAUCGUACAGCUCCUCUCAUCGUUCGCACGCGAGACUUUCACACGAGGACACUCGUCCUGCCAACCUAUGAACAAGGCCUCGCAGUCUGGGAAUCCAUACGCGCCGUCGUCGCCGCUACCAAGCUCAAGUCGCUCUAUGCCUUCUCGAACGGCAACCUGACCGAGGCGGGCAAGGACGCCCAAGGAUGGAACCUAUACUCGCCCUCGGCAGAAUACGCUCGGAUGGGCCUCGGCAGGAAGGACGCGCGGAGUGCUGCCUGGCGCUGGUCAGAUGUCAACAAGUCAUAUGAGUUCUGUCCGACCUAUCCGAGCCAGCUGGCAGUACCUGCGACCAUCAGCGAUUCUACACUCAACUACGGCAAAGGCUAUCGAAGCAAACAACGCGUUCCUGCCCUCGUUUAUCUGCAUUGGUCAAACCUGGCGUCUAUAACGCGCUCGUCGCAGCCCAUGGUUGGCCUCAAAAACGCAAGAUCUAUCCAAGACGAAAAGCUAGUGGAAGCCAUUUGUCGUUCUCACGCGAGUCACACAUUGCCCAGCACUGCGCCGCGAACGGAGAAUAGCGUCAUCUAUGGCGCGACUGCGACCAAUCUCAUCAUAGACGCAAGGCCUACCACCAACGCCAUGGCAAACGUCGCAAAAGGUGCCGGUACCGAGAAUAUGGAACACUACAAGGCCUGCAAAAAGGCCUACCUCGGCAUUGAUAACAUACACAUCAUGCGAGCUUCUCUUGCCGCCGUCAAUGAUGCUCUCUGGGACGCAGAAACGACCGGCGUCCUCUCUCGGCGCGCCCUCAGAAAAUCGGGCUGGCUCAAGCAUUUGACGGCCAUACUCGAGGGCGCUGUGCUCAUUGCGCGCAACGUUCACAUCAACAACUCUCAUGUGCUCGUGCAUUGCUCGGAUGGCUGGGAUCGUACCUCGCAGCUAUCGGCAUUGGCGCAAAUCUGCCUCGAUCCAUACUACCGCACCAUGGAAGGCUUCGCUGUGCUGGUCGAAAAGGACUGGCUUGCAUUCGGGCACAAGUUUGGUGACCGAGCAGGACAUACAGUACCAGAUCGGACCCAAUUCAUGCUAGCUCCUGGCGACGGCCAAUCGGCCCAAGCAGCCUUCCUGGCGUCAGUUCAGAAAGGCAUCACGUUCUCGUCUUCUCACGUGAAGGAGACUAGUCCUGUCUUCCAUCAGUUCUUGGACUGUGUAUACCAGCUUGUCCGUCAGUUCCCCCAUCGGUUCGAGUUUGGGUCAAAAUACCUACAAAGGCUCCAUUUCGAGCUGUACAGCUGCCGCUACGGCACCUUCCUGUUCAACUCGGAACGGGAGCGAUAUCUAGAGCGUAGCGCUGUCAGCACACAGUCUGUGUGGACCAUCUUUCGGGGCGAAGCUCGGGGCGAAUAUCUCAACACGGCGUACGAGGCUGAGCGUGACACGCCAGCAGCUCGGUUGCGCGACGAUCAGGGAGUCAUCUUACCCAAUCCUAAAGAAGUUCGCUUCUGGCACGAGCUGCUCAACAGGACCGAGGAUGAUGUCAGGAUAGACCUCGCCACUGAUGAGGACGAAGGUGAGGCCAUGGAGCCAGAGCUCGUCGGUCCAAUCUCUGGCAGUCAAGUCGAUCCCGUUUUGGCUCCAAUGAUACCUAUUCGAGCAGCUGUGAACAGCGACGUCCCUUCACGCACCAAUAGCCCGAGACCGACUAGCUAUGUCCAUGCUGCACAACCACAGCUUCAGAACGCCCUGGAGAGUGCCUACAAGUUUGGAGGAUCGGCUUGGAACUCGAUCAGACAGGGUUAUCAGGAUUUUGCUCGCGAGAUUGCCACGCCUCCGAACGAGGCAACGCAUCAUGCGACAGAUCUCCAAGACCUCAGCAGCAAUCCCUGGAUGAGCGAAGCGCGCUCUGCGCCCAAGCGAGCUCCUCAGACGGGCCUGAACGGCAAUCUGCCAAGCCCUGUCUCGACGGGGCUGCCGCGAGAGACGGUCGACACAAACAGACGCUCAAGCAGCGCGAAUGGGUUCAAUCCGUGGGCAGUGUGAUGCGCUACAGGCAGUGACUUGUCUGCUGGACCAACAGCUGCAAACAACAACAGAGCACCGGAAGUAGCACAGACAACACGUGGUCCUUGCUGACUGCGCACAUCUACCGGAGGUCGUGGACUCUGAAGGCCAGAUCAUCAACGAUGCGAAGAUGGCCUUGACCGUGCGCGUCGGUAUAGAGAGGCAGUGCAGCAUGGGGAUGGAAAAGGUCCUGCGAUGACUUGUCAGCAAGCUCGAGCAGAAGAGGAUCUGCGCAGACUGACCUUCGCUCUGCAAUGCAAGAUGGUCUGCAGACCUGGUGGAUCGGUGAGACGAAAGUAGCCGAGAUCUGGCUUCGACUUUGGACUGCAAACGAC